AUGAGUGAAUACAAACAACUGAAGGACGACGUCGAGGAGGAAAAGAAAAACAAUCCAAAUCGAUUGACUGCUCAGCAGCUUGCUGACAUAAACACUGGGGAAGAAGGCUUGAAUAAGAAGGAGUGGAAGUUUCGCUUUGAUCGAGAUGAUUCCAUAAUUAAUUAUGAAGUCUCAACUAUGUAGCUUCGAUCACAUAUUUUUAUAUCGGCAGGUUUUUUCCAACUCAGAAAUGGAAAAGUAAUGCUAGGAAAGCAAUUCCAGGAGUGUUUUGAGCCCUAAAGGAGUCAUCUCAACCGGACUCAGCUUGGCCAACGGCGUCGCAGUGCGAAUGAAUCCUUAUGGGUUAUGUGUCCUUGGUGACUGAGCUACCAAUAGGCAGAAGCCAUCUGCAAUUAAGAUAAAGAUCGAGAUGGUCCUAAUGAGCUACCUGAGAAGAAGGUCAACCCCAUUCUGAAGUUUCUAUCAUACUACUGGGGUCCGAUGCCAGUCAUGAUUUGGUGUGCAAUUAUCAUAGAAACUAUUCGUCUGUCACUUAUUGAUGCUGUAGUCUUGCUCAUCCUGCAAUUUUUCAAUGGCUUUGUAGGUUGGUAUGAAGAAAAAAACGCAGGAAAUGCAAUUGAAGCUUUGAAGAAAAAUCUCGCUCCCAAAGCAAAAGUAAAGAGAGAAGGGAAGUGGGAGACAAUUGCUGCAAGAGAACUUGUACAGGGAGACAGAAUCAAUAUCAAGCUUGGUGACAUCAUUCCAGCUGAUUCUAUUUUGGGUCCAGGAUAUGCAGAAAUCGAUCAAUCAGCACUGACUGGAGAGUCUUUGGCAGUAACCAGAUAUGAAGGAGAAACAGUUUACCAGGGCUCUGUCUGCAAAAGAGGCGACUUGGAAGCCAUUGUUAUUGCCACCGGACCUCGCACUUUCUUCGGAAAGACAUCAACUCUUGUAGGACAGGUUAACCAGAAAGGAAACUUUCAGAAAGUUAUUCUGAAAGUCACUGGUAUCCUCAUGGUUGUAUCAUUUGUACUUGUAGCAAUCAUCAUGAUUGUUGUUCUCACUAAAGGUAACGACUUUUUGGUCACACUUUCUAUCUGUGUCGUCAUCCUUGUCGCUUCAAUCCCAAUCGCAACACAAGUUGUCUGUACUGCCACUAUGGCUGUUGGUGCUCAUGCUCUUGCCCAGCGUCAAGCCAUUGUUUGUAAAUUAAGUUCAAUAGAAGAAUUGGCAGGCAUGCAAAUCCUAUGCAGUGAUAAAACUGGAACUCUAACCAAAAAUGAAUUGACUGUUCAACAGCCAAUGCUCUUAAAGAGCUAUACCAUUGACGAUAUUUUCCUCACUGCUGGACUUGCGUGCAAAAGAGAAGUUGGGUCUCAAGACGCAAUUGAUAAGUGUGUAAGCGAGUAUGCUAUUCAGAAAUGUAGGAUUAGCUUCCAAGGCUACGAAGAAGAAGACUUCAUCCCAUUUGACCCAAAAAACAAAAGAACUGAAGCAACUGUAAGGAACACCAAAACUGGAGAAACUUUCAAGUGUGCCAAAGGAGCUCCACAAGUGAUUUUAGCUAUGAGCAAAGACCCAAGCAUUGAAGAAGAAAUCACCAGAUUUGUAGAAGAACUUGCAGCACGUGGAUAUAGAACUCUUGGAGUGGCAAGAACUAACAAGGAAGGAGAAUGGAACAUGCUUGGACUAAUUCCCCUCUAUGACCCUCCAAGAGACGACACCAAGGAAACCAUCCACAAAGCGUUGCAAAUGGAAGUCAAAGUAAAAAUGAUCACUGGCGACCAAAUUGCCAUUGCUAAAGAAACUGCCAGACUGCUUAACCUUGGCGACAAAAUCUAUAACUCUGACCUUCUCAGUGAAGAUGCAUCAGCCGUCCAGCGUGAAUUACUAGACACAUUAGUAGAGGAAGCUGAUGGUUUUGCCGAAGUUUUCCCAGAGCACAAGUUUGGAAUCGUCAAAAUUCUUCAAGAUAAAGGCCACAGAGUUGGAAUGACUGGAGAUGGAGUCAAUGACGCCCCAGCACUUAAAAAAGCUGACGUAGGUAUCGCUGUAGAUGGCGCCACCGACGCAGCAAGGGCUGCCGCAGAUAUUGUCUUGACAAGUCCUGGUCUUUCUGUAAUUAUAGAAGCUAUAUAUAGAGCUCGUAAGAUCUUCCAAAGAAUGAAUAACUAUUGUAUUUAUAGAGUCGCAUGUACAGUGCAGCUCCUGUUAUUCUUCUUUAUCACAAUGUGCUCAGUCAACCCUGAUAGUGAUUUCACAUGCCACUAUCACGAUGAUAAGAGCGAAUGUAAGCACAUUCCAAACACUUUUACGCUCCCAGUCAUUGCCAUUGUCCUGAUUACAGUGCUCAAUGAUGGGACUAUUGUGUCAAUUGCAUAUGACAGAGUAACUGUCUCAAAGAAGCCAGAACGAUGGAAUUUGACCUUGAUGUUCUUCAAUGCUGUCACCUGCGGCACCAUUGCCUUGGUCUCUUCAAUCAUUCUGCUUUUGACUAGCUUAGACAAUUUAGACUCCAGAGACCCUGAUCCAUUCUAUAACGCUUUUAAUAUAAGCGUUUUCAAGUAUGGAGAAGUGCUCACUGCGAUUUACAUGAAAGUUGCCUUGUCUGAUUUCUUGACGCUCUUUGCGGCGAGAACCAAUAGUUGGUUCUGGACAAGAAAGCCAGGCUAUAUUUUGUUGUUUGCCUUCAUCUUUGCUACAUUAUGUGCAACCUUCUUUUCCACCUACUGGUUCUUGAACUUCAACAAUGGAGACUCAGGGAAUAUGCCUGAUAUGAAGCCUAUUUCUUGGAAACUUGCUGGGUUCAUUUGGGGAUUUGACAUCGUCUUUUUCAUAUUGCAGGACAUAGUGAAGGUAUACCAGUUGAAGUUCUUUGAUUAUUACUAUAGCCUUAAAGGAAAAGACACUGGCUACUCUGGAGCUGUUCUUACUGAUACUUUCUUGGUCUUUACUGAUGGGAAAGAAGGCAGAGGAGGAGCUAAGAGAUCCAUUGUUACCAGAAGGUCGAUGGCAGCAGCAGGAGUUUAA